AGCAGUAUCUUUCUAAUGUGUCGGGUAAAUAAGCUUUCCAAGUUAUUGUAGGUGUUUAGAGAAGGCGCCUUUCCUGUAGCUUAAUCAUUCAAUAGGUGUUUAUUUUUUGGAGGGGAUUUAAAAAAAAAUUGUAUAUUUAGGGGGUACAAGUGCAGAUUUCUUACAUACAUAUAUCGCAUCGUGGUGAGGUCUGCGCUCUCAGUGUCCCCAUCACUCAAAUAGUGAACAUUGUACCCAAUACUAGUUUUUCAACCCUCAGUCCCCUCCACCUUCCCAUCUUUUGUAUUCUCCAGUGUGUAUUAUUCCACUCUGUAUGUCUGUGUACCCACUGAUUAGCUUUCACUUAUAAGUGAGAACAUGCGUUAUUUGACAUUCUGAGUUAUUUCACUGAAGAGAAUGGCCUCUAGUUCUAUCCAUGUUGCUGCAAAAGACGUGAUUUCAUUCUUUUUUAUGGCUGAGUAGUAUUCUGUGUAUGUCUGUCUAUAUAUUACAUUUUCUUUAUCCAAUCCUCCGUUGAUGAACACUUAGGUUGAUACCGUAUCUUUGCUAUUGUAAAUUCUGCUGCGAUAAAAAUAUCAAUGCAGGGGUCUUUUUGAUAUACUGAUUUCUUUCUUUUUUUUUGAGACGGAGUCUCGCUCUGUCGCCCAGGCUGGAGUGCAGUGGUGCGAUCUCGGCUCACUGCAAGCUCCGCCUCCCGGGUUCACGCCAUUCUCCUGCCUCAGCCUCCUGAGUAGCUGGGACUAUCUGCGCCCGCCACCACGCCCGGCUAAUUUUUUGUAUUUUUAGUAGAGACGGGGUUUCACCGUGUUAGCCAGGGUGGCCUUGAACUACUGACCUCCUGAUCUGCCCACCUCGGCCUCCCAAAGUGCUGGGAUUACAGGCGUGAGCCACCGCGCCCGGCCGAUAUACUGAUUUCUUACCCUUAUACCCAUUAGUGGGAUUGCUGGAUCGAAUGGUAGUUCCAUUUUUAGUUCUUUGAGAAGUCUCCAUACUGUUUUCCAUAAAAGUUGUACUAGUUUAUUUUUUUUUUCUUUUUCUUUUCUUUUCUUUUUUGAGAAUGAGUCUUGCUCUGUGGUCCAGGCUGAAGUGCAGUGGUGCGAUCUCGACUCACUGCAAACUCUGCCUCCCGGCUUCAAGUGAUUCUUCUGCCUCAGCCUCCAGAAUAGCUGGAAUUACAGGUGUGCACCACCAUGCCUGGCUAAUUUUUUAUUUUUAAUAGAGAUACGGUUUCACCAUGUUGGCCAGGCUGGUCUUGAACUCCUGGCCUCAUGUGAUCAGACUGCCUUGGCCUCCCAAAAUGCUGGGAUUAGAGGCGUCAGCCACCAUGCCCGGCCUGUUUACUUUCAUUCAAUAGGUAUUUCUUAAGUGCAAAGUGUAAGUAGAAGACAGUCUUAUUUGGUCUUAAAGAAUGUGCAGUUAAUUUGGGGUAACAGAACUUAAAAAGAUAACUGGUGAGUCUGGUAAGCCUAUACAUUGUUGAGAGUACUGUACAUUAGUACUGUACAUCCCUUUUAGAAAACAUUUUGGCACUAUUAAGAGCCAUAAAAGGUUUUUACACCCUAAUAUAGCACUCCUAGCCUUGGAAAUCUAUUCUAAGGAACACAGUCACCUGAAGAAAAAUACUGUCCAUAGGAAUGCUCAAUUCAUUUAUUCACCAAAUAUUUAUUGGUCAUUUACCAAAUGUCAGGUACUGUUCUAGGCAUCAGGGAAGAAAACACAAAAAUCUCUGCUUCCUUGGAACUUAAGCUAGAGGAGAAACAGACAAUAAACUGAAUAAAUAUGUAAGUAUGUUAGAUGGAGAGAAGUGCUUUGGAACAGAGUAAAGCAGGGUAAUGUUAGAGAAAGGCUGCAAUUUACAACAGGAUGGAAAGGCCGCACUGAGAAAGCAGCAUCUGAGUAAAGAUAUUUGAGGUGAGAGAGUGACCAUGCAAGAGAUUCCAGGCAGAGUGUAUCUCCUAGCUGUGGACUAAAUAAUACAUGGGGGGAAAUAAACAAGUAUUCAUGAGGGUGAAAAUGUGACCCAGCAGGAAAAUUACAACUAUUUUCAAUUGACGUUGAAUAGGAAAGAUGGAUACUAUGAUGCUGAAUAUGCGGAAUCUGUUUGAGCAGCUUCUGCGCCGGGCGGAGAUUCUCAGUGAAGGAAAUGAACUCCAAUUUAUCCAGUUGGCGAAGGACUUUGAGGAUUUCCGUAAAAAGUGGCAGAGGACUGACCAUGAGCUGGGGAAAUACAAGGAUCUUUUGAUGAAAGCGGAGACUGAGCGAAGUGCUCUGGAUGUUAAGCUGAAGCAUGCACGUAAUCAGGUGGAUGUAGAGAUCAAACGGAGACAGAGAGCUGAGGCUGACUGCGAAAAGCUGGAACGACAGAUUCAGCUGAUUCGAGAGAUGCUCAUGUGUGACACAUCUGGCAGCAUUCAACUAAGUGAGGAGCAAAAAUCAGCUCUGGCUUUUCUCAACAGAGGCCAACCAUCCAGCAGCAAUGCUGGGAACAAAAGACUAUCAACCAUUGAUGAAUCUGGUUCCAUUUUAUCAGAUAUCAGCUUUGACAAGACUGAUGAAUCACUGGAUUGGGACUCUUCUUUGGUGAAGACUUUCAAACUGAAGAAGAGAGAAAAGAGGCGCUCUAGUAGCCGACAGUUUGUUGAUGGUCCCCCUGGACCUGUAAAGAAAACUCGUUCCAUUGGCUCCACAGUAGACCAGGGGAAUGAAUCCAUAGUUGCAAAAACUACAGUGACUGUUCCCAAUGAUGGCGGGCCCAUCGAAGCUGUGUCCACUAUUGAGACUGUGCCGUAUUGGACCAGGAGCCGAAGGAAAACAGGUACUUUACAACCUUGGAACAGUGACUCCACCCUGAACAGCAGGCAGCUGGAGCCAAGAACUGAGACAGACAGUGUGGGCACGCCGCAGAGCAAUGGAGGGAUGCGCCUGCAUGACUUUGUUUCUAAGACGGUUAUUAAACCUGAAUCCUGUGUUCCAUGUGGAAAGCGGAUAAAAUUUGGCAAAUUAUCUCUGAAGUGUCGAGAUUGUCGUGUGGUCUCUCAUCCAGAAUGUCGGGACCGCUGUCCCCUUCCCUGCAUUCCUACCCUGAUAGGAACACCUGUCAAGAUUGGAGAGGGAAUGCUGGCAGACUUUGUGUCCCAGACUUCUCCAAUGAUCCCCUCCAUUGUUGUGCAUUGUGUAAAUGAGAUUGAGCAAAGAGGUCUGACUGAGACAGGCCUGUAUAGGAUCUCCGGCUGUGACCGCACAGUAAAAGAGCUGAAAGAGAAAUUCCUCAGAGUGAAAACUGUACCCCUCCUCAGCAAAGUGGAUGAUAUCCAUGCUAUCUGUAGCCUUCUAAAAGACUUUCUUCGAAACCUCAAAGAACCUCUUCUGACCUUUCGCCUAAACAAAGCCUUUAUGGAAGCAGCAGAAAUCACAGAUGAAGACAACAGCAUAGCUGCCAUGUACCAAGCUGUUGGUGAACUGCCCCAGGCCAACAGGGACACAUUAGCUUUCCUCAUGAUUCACUUGCUGAGAGUGGCUCAGAGUCCACAUACUAAAAUGGAUGUUGCCAAUCUGGCUAAAGUCUUUGGCCCUACAAUAGUGGCCCAUGCUGUGCCCAAUCCAGACCCAGUGACAAUGUUACAGGACAUCAAGCGUCAACCCAAGGUGGUUGAGCGCCUGCUUUCCUUGCCCCUGGAGUAUUGGAGUCAGUUCAUGAUGGUGGAGCAAGAGAACAUUGACCCCCUACAUGUCAUUGAAAACUCAAAUGCCUUUUCAACACCACAGACACCAGAUAUUAAAGUGAGUUUACUGGGACCUGUGACCACUCCUGAACAUCAGCUUCUCAAGACUCCUUCAUCUAGUUCCCUGUCACAGAGAGUCCGUUCCACCCUCACCAAGAACACUCCCAGAUUUGGGAGCAAAAGCAAGUCUGCCACUAACCUAGGACGACAAGGCAACUUUUUUGCUUCUCCAAUGCUCAAGUGAAGUCACAUCUGCCUGUUACUUCCCAGCAUUGACUGACUAUAAGAAAGGACACAUCUGUACUCUGCUCUGUAGCCUCCUGUACUCGUUACUACUUUUAGCAUUCUCCAGGCUUUUACUCAAGUUUAACUGUGCAUGAGGGUUUUAUUAAAACUAUAUAUAUCUCCCCUUCCUUCUCCUCAAGUCACAUAAUAUCAGCACUUUGUGCUGGUCAUUGUUGGGAGCUUUUAGAUGAUACCUCUUUCAGGGCUAGAAGGGUUAGUAUGGAAUUGGUUGUGAUUAUUUUUGGGGAAGGGGGUUAUUGUUCCUUUGGCUUAAAGCCAAAUGCUGCUCAUAGAAUGAAUGAUCUUUCUCUAGUUUCAUUUAAACUGAUUUCCAUGAGACAAUGACAGAAACCCUACCUAUCUGAUAAGAUUAGCUUGUCUCAGGGUGGGAAGUGGGAGGGCGGGGCAAAGAAAGGAUUAGACCAGAGGAUUUAGGAUGCCUGCUUCUAAGAACCGGAAGUUCUCAUUCCCAUUAUGAACUGAGCCAUAAUAUGGAGCUUUCAUUAAAAUGGGAUGCAUAGAGGACAGAACUAGUGAUGGGAGUAUGCAUAGCUUUAAUUUGAUGAUUAGGUCUUUAAUAAUGUUGAGUGGCACAACCGUGUAAAUGUGAAAGUACAACUUGUAUUUAUCUCUGAUGUGCCGUUGGCUGAACUUUGGGUUCAUUUGGGGUCAAAGCCAGUUUUUCUUUUAUUGAAUUCAUUCUGAUGCUUGACCCCCAUACCCCCAACCUUGUCCAGUGGAGCCCAACUUCUAAAGGUCAAUAUAUCGUCCUUUGGCAUCCCAACUAACAAUAAAGAAUAGGCUAUAAGGGAAGAUUGUCAAUAUUUUAUGUGGUAAGAAAAGCCACAGUCAUUUUUUCUUUGCACUUUGGAUGCUGAAAUUUUCCCAUGGAACAUAGCCACAUCUAGAUAGAUGUGAGCUUUUUCUUCUGUUAAAAUUAUUCUUAAUGUCUGUAAAAAUGAUUUUCUUCUGUAGAAUGUUUGACUUCAUAUUGACCCUUAUCUGUAAAACACCUAUUUGGGAUAAUAUUUGGAAAAAAAAGUAAAUAGCUUUUUCAAAAUGAA